GCGGCGCGCGGAGGUCACGGGGCGCGCGGGGCGAUGGCGGCGGCCGGAGGGUGCCGGAAAUGUCUCCUCAGCGGGCCCUGGCUGCUCUCCCGGCGUUAUCCCAUCCCUGCCUUCCCCAGGAGCGCCCUGGUCAGGAUCUGCAGCCCUGCCCUGGGCACCCCCCAGUCCAGAUGCUACUCCUCGGGAGGAAGGAAGGGAUUCAUCUCAGGUUUUGUGGAGAACAUCAAACAGGAGUUAGCCAAAAACAAAGAGAUGAAGGAAAGCAUCAAAAAAUUCCGAGACGAAGCAAAAAAGCUGGAGGAGUCGGAUGCUCUGAGGGAAGCCAGGAGGAAAUAUAAAACCAUUGAAUCUGAAACAGUGAAGACCUCAGAAGUGAUUAAAAAGAAACUUGGAGAAAUAACAGGGACGGUUAAAGAGAGUUUGGACGAGGUCAGCAAGAGCGACCUGGGCAGGAAGAUCAAGGAGGGGGUGGAAGAAGCUGCCAAAACAGCCAAACAAUCUGCAGAGUCUGUGACCAGGGGAGGGGAGAAGCUGGGCAGGACUGCAGCCUUCAAAGCCAUCUCCCAGGGAGUGGAAACUGUGAAGAAGGAAAUAGAUGAGAGUGUUUUGGGGCAGACUGGUCCCUACCGGCGCCCGGAGCGGCUGCGGAAGCGCACGGAAUAUUCCGGAGAGAGGAUCAAAGAGCAGCGAGUGUUUGAAGCCAAUGAGGAAGCCAUGGGCAUGGUGCUGCAUAAAGACUCCAAGUGGUACCAGCAGUGGAAAGAUUUCAAGGACAAUAAUGUGGUUUUUAACAGGUUCUUCGAGAUGAAGAUGAAGUACGACGAGAGCGACAACGCCUUCAUCCGAGCGUCGCGCGCCGUCACCGACCGCGUCACCGACCUCAUAGGGGGAUUGUUCUCCAAGACCGAGAUGUCCGAGGUGCUGACGGAGAUCCUCAGGGUGGAUCCCUCCUUUGACAAGGAUCGCUUCCUGAAGCAGUGUGAGCGGGACAUCAUCCCCAACGUCCUGGAGGCUCUGAUCUCGGGGGAGCUCGACAUCCUCAAGGACUGGUGCUAUGAGGCCACCUACAGCCAGCUGGCCCAUCCCAUCCAGCAGGCCAAGGCCCUGGGGCUGCAGUUCCACUCCAGGAUCCUGGACAUCGACAACAUCGACCUGGCCAUGGGGAAGAUGAUGGAGCAGGGGCCCGUGCUGAUCAUCACCUUCCAGGCCCAGGUGGUGAUGGUGAUCAAGAACCACCUGGGGGAGGUGGUGGAAGGGGACCCGGACAAGGUGCUGAGGAUGCUCUACGUGUGGGCCCUGUGCCGGGACCAGGACGAGCUGAACCCCUACAUGGCCUGGAGGCUGCUGGACAUUUCCUCCUCCAGCACAGAGCAGGUGCUCUGAGCAGGGCUGGGCUCAGGGCUGGGCCCUUCCCACCCUCUGCCAAGCUGCUCCAGCCUGGAACCCCCACGGGGAGCUGGGGGAUUUGGGAUUCGAGCUCCUGAUUAUCCCAAUCCCCGAGGAAUGGGAAUCCCUGCUCGGGGACACCUGGGACGAGCAGCUGCUGCUUCAUCCUCGUGCCUCAGAGGCUCCUGGGCAGCUGGGGACCCCCAGAGCUGUCAUUCCCACCUGCUGGCACCCUUGGAGAUCCCUGGAAGGGCCUUGGAGGGGGCUCCUGGCUGCCAACGGCCUGGCCAGGCUCCGGCCUCGCGUCCCUGCCGUGUCUUGCACUUUCCCAAACCAAAUACAACCAGGACUUUGCACACGGAGGUGUUGGAUCCUCAGGUUGGUGGUGGGGUGGGGCUGAUAGCUGAAUAUCCAGGGGGGAGAUUUGAUUGUCCACAGCUUGGAAGGGGGAAAUGUUGUUGGUUCUGGUCACAAAGAGCCACGGCUGCAUCCCUUGGGGUGGUGGGGAGGGUGUGGGGCAGGAGGGGAAGGGCAGGGGGAGUGUCUGAGGAGUGGG